ACCAGAACCGAUCUUGCUUUUUGGUCCGCCGGGCACUGAAAAAACUUUGUUGGAUCAAACGAUGGCUAAAGAAUCCGGCUCUUUCUUUCUUAACCUAAACGGAGAAGACAUUAAAACUACCGAAGCUGAUUUUAUGGGAGAUAAAGGAGGAACGAUGAGUACUGACAAGGUAAAGCAAAUCUUUGCUAUUGUCAUUCAGGAAGCUGGACCAGACAAAGGCGUUAUUGCUUUGAUUGAUGAAAUCGACCGAAUGGGCUGA